AUGACGACGAAGUACAAUGAGCAUAGAAACCCCAAAAGCUUUGAAGAUGAGAAGACAGUCAUUGGACCACAGAAAGUCCAUAAGUACAGUAUUACAGAGAUUGAUUCUAAACCCAAGGGACUAGAGAUCCCCGCAGAGGCGGCCCUCGGAACCAAAUUCCAGCCCCAUGCGAAGUGGCACCCGCCACUCAGUGCCAUGGAGCUACCUCCUAGAAACCUGGGGUAA